AAAAUGCAGCUCUUGCUGAGCCAAAGUGUAUUAAAUGUAUCUUUACACAAAAUUUCUGGUACUCUAUGAUACAGCUAAUUGUCUUCCCUGUCAAGCUCUUUCCUGGACUUAGUCAAGCCAUUACAGAAGCAUGCACCGAAAUUGCUACUUCCUAUACGAACAGUAUAGUGGAAAAUUUCGAGGAGAAACUUCUCUAUUUUUUGAUAUAUAAAAUACAAACAGCAUUUGUGUGUAUGCCUUGGAAGCUUGUAAAAAAAGUCACAAGUGAUUUCUGCUAUCAAGAGAUCUGUCAAGGAAAACCUAAAUGGCCAACUGAUGACUACCUUACCGAAGAUAUAAAAGCAAAGAUCCAAACCUUCUGUGAACCUUGGAAGAAGAAGCUGGGGAAGAAAGUGAACAUGAAGACAUUAUCUGCUGAUCCUGGGUCUUUCGUACCCUUUUUGUUAUCUUUGAACGCAGAAUUUGAGAGGGAACACGAUGAUCAUAAACCAUUUGACGUUUCCGUUCAAUGGAGGUUCAUUACCUUGAGCGUGAACGCUCUGUCUUCUUUUGUGAAACGUUCUUUACCCCGCAAUUACCAAAGCCAAUUAGAGCUGUUUUUCCAUGUCUUUGAUUUCAAGAAACUCCGGUACAAAAGGUAAUAUCUCUGAACUAACACCGAAU